AUGAACGAGUCUUAAAGUAAAAUAUCUCGAAAUACUUCAUCUUCAUAUUUUAGUCUUCCUAAAAUAUAGAAAGUAACAAACACUCCAAAAUAUCUUGAAGUUAAAGGCUACAAAAAUUAUAAGUAUAAGAGUUAUAUGAUGGAUUUGAUGAAAUCAGAUAAGAAGUUAUAAAAAUUGCUGCCUUUUCAUCUUUAGAAUUUGACAAAAACACCGAGAAAGAGGUAUGAAUUAAAUGAUUCCACGAAAUAAGAAUUGUUGCAUUUUAGCAAAUUGGAUAAUAUCUUUACAGAGGGAGAUUUGGAAAUAAUUAAAUAAGCUACAGUUACUUAAGGAGCAAUCAAUAUUCAAGCCAUGUACAGGAAAACUUUAAAAUCAUACGAGUAGGAUUCGUAAAACACCAGGAGAGCUGACGAAAGUCAAUUAUGCGAUGAAAUAACCAUGAAUAAUAGCAUAAUCAGCAAUAUUAUUGAGCAUCAAAAAUAAUUGACUACUAAUCCAAGAGUGAUCAGGUAAUCAAAGAAAGAAAUAUACAAAGAGAUGAACACCAUCAAAGAAUUCAAGGUUCUAGUUAAAAACACAUAGCAAUAUAAAGAUAUUUAUGAUAUAAAAGAAUCAGGAAAAAAUCCUUUCAUAUACCAAUUUAUCUUAAGGGAAUCUUAUUUGAGUUUCGCUGAGUUGUCAAGAAUAAUUUAGGAUAGAAUUUUAUUGGCUUUUGACAUAAAUCCUCACAAUGAAUAAGAGAAGGUGUAUUACAAUUAAUUUAGAUUAUUUAAAUAGAUCGUAAUUAGCCAGCAUUUCAAAGAGCAAACCUUAAUAAACUUUUUUAUUAAAUUCUUCAAUCCUCACAAUCUACCUGAAAUUUCAUUAUAGGAUUUUAGGUCAAUACUAAUUGUGAUUCUGUAAAAUUCUGAAAAUAUGGAUUAAUUGGUAAAAUACUUAAUAAAAAAUAUAAAAUUAUCAUAAUAUGUUGAAGAUAAUCAGAUUAAAGACUUAUUUGGUAUAUUUAAGUCUAAAAUACUAGAUCCAAUUAAUUUGAUCUAUUUAUUAUUAAACAAUAAUUGAUAAUAGAAUUAA